UGUAUGAUUAGUUGAAGGAGUCGAGUUUAGAUUAUCUACUCAUCAAACAAAUAAAAAUGAUCUUGGGGUACGUAUCAUUAUCAGUAUCGAUAUGGUUGGUUAAAGGUAAGUAGAGUACCUCACCUCUCGGCUCGGAAGUGAGCAGUUGAUAUUAGAUGGAUAUAUUUACAACAGAAACCGCGAGAGGCAAACCUGCACACAUUGGAGAUGUGUCGUCAAGACGUGCAAUGGUAAAUGUACGACUGUCGGUGACUUUCUUUGCAAUCAGUCGGAACAUAACCAUCCGCCUGAAGAUGAAACCAGAGUGAACUUUGUCUGCAAUCUUCGUAAAAGAGCGCGAGAAGAAACCACACAGAUGCAGGCAUUGUACGAGGAGCAAGUCGCUCAAGUACAUGUAGAUGAAGCCAACAUGCCAGCGAUGCCGUCAUUUCAGAGCGUGAAAGGUGCACUUUACAGGCGUUACAUUCGAGCGUUACCCAGGUCGCGGUCAGCAGUAGACAUUGAAGACAAAUGGUCAGAGACAACAGAUGGACGUCCCUUUCUACUGUUCAGCGACGGCGACGAUGACAAGAUCCUGGCGUUCUCCACUGCAGAACAGAUACAAGCACGCCAGGAAGCUGACACCCUUUACAUGGAUGGUACCUUCACAGCAUGUCAAGGUUUAUGGGAUCAAGUAUACAUCAUUCAUGCCAGAGUUGGUCCCAACACCUUCCCUCUUGUGUUCGCCCUUUUGCCAGAUCGCCAAGCAACAACCUAUGGCCGGCUUUUUCGACAACUGAAGACAGAAGUUCAAGAGCGAUUCAACAGACCUCUGUCACAUAGCACACUUGCUUCGUCUGGGAUAAAUAAACUGUAAAAGUUAUUAAAUGUAAAGUG